AUGCCAGCAAUCAAUAUAGAGGAUCUGAGCGAGAAGGAUAAACUGAAAAUGGAAGUGGAACAGCUCCGGAAAGAAGUCAAGCUGGAACGGCAGCCGGUGAGUGCUGCGUGGUUUCUUUCUUUAUUAUAUCUGGGGAGCCUAGCUGUUGGUUGGAACAGCUCCUGUUUUCAGUGGCAGGCGGAUCAAAGCCUGUUUGUUUGGAAGAGGCCUUGCGUGCAUGUCUGCAGCUUGCUGGUUACAAAGCAGUUUGGCAAUUUGACUGCCUAGGAUCAUUAAAGGGGCCUCGAAAGGAGGCCCAAACUGAAGGGAGGGGUGUGUGAAAGGGAGGAAGGGAUUGAUUGAUUUUUCUAGACUCGGGUAAAAUCAAAACAAAACAAAACACAACCAUCUCUCCCCGAUACAUAAGGGGCACAGGUAGGGAUAAAAGAUCAGAAUUGUAUUCCAUUGUGGGGAAAGAUUACCCUGGCCAGAUUGCACUCAAAAGGUACACAUGUGAAAUCCAUAUGAGCAUGGGAAGCUGCCUUAUACAGAGUCAGACCAAUGGAUGAUUUAGAUCUGAUAUUUCUGCAUUGCAGGGGUUUGGAUUAGAUGAGCCUUCCAGCUCUAUAAUUCCAUGAUUUUAUAUGACUGGCAGAAGCUACCCAGGGUUUCAGACUAGUUGGCCCCACCAGGAUAUGCCAGGGAUCCCCAGCAAUUAUUGCCAGGCAAGGGCGUGUGAUCGAACCAAGUGAUUAACAAUGUGAUUAACUAACAGCAGGUCUUGGGGGGGAGGGGAGAAAUUCAAUACAGUUCACAUGUGCAGGUGACCCCUACCUAAUCCACACUUUACAAAACAGUAAGAGAACUGGAACAAACCAUCCUUCGAAAGGUGCAGUUUGCUGAAUUUUGCAAUGCAUCUCUCACCUGAGAUAGCUUCCUCACUUCGCCUAAUGAUAGGGCCGUCUCUCCAGACUACACACAGGGGGCUAGCAUGUGAGGUAGAAAGUUAGUCGAGAACCUGUCCUAUCAUGCAUUGCCGGGGGUUGGGCUAGAUAACCCUUGGGGUCCCUUUCAACUCUACAAUUCUAAUUAUUCAGCCAAGUAACGUAUGCAAAAAUGCAUGCACUGAGGUAAAGUGUGCAUAUAAAUGCACAUACGAGUGAAAAUGAUGUACAAAAAUCUACUAUACUAAGGAAAAGCACUCUGUAAAAACGUGCAGAUUGCCUAGAAAUAUGUGUAUAUUAGAAACUGACCCUAAAAUGCUGAUGAAGUUUCAUGAGCACUUUUCUUAAGUCUAGAUCAGAACUUCUUAGUACUUCUGCCUUUAUUUCUGUUCCCCCCCAUUUCUGAUUUAAUCUAUCAUAUGUACAACUGUGAAAGGAGUAUAGGACUAUCUGGAUUUUCUGUCUAUCGGGAACAAAAUGUCUUGGGCUGCUUCUGCCUGGCCCGGCCCCCUCUUCCCAAAAACAACCACAAUUUGGGAAUCACUGACACACGAGGGAAUGCCUAUUGACAUCAGCUGCAGAACUGAUGACACAGCCUGAAUUAGAGUGGAAGCUGCAAUUACAAGGAAAGGGGAGAAGCGUGAAGAGGCUAAUUAUGGGGUAGGCAAGCAGAGGGCUAAAUUUGGGGCUUUUUACUGCUUUAGUGCAAGACUUCAGGGAGCUGAGGUAUGCAAUAUAGUAAGGAAGAAAUGGCCAGAUGACUAGAGGGGGGGGGGGAACAAAUUGGGCAUGAAGUGUUUCCCUGAUUAUUUCCAGAAAUCUGGACAGAUUUGCCUCUCCUGGCAAAUCUUGUAGAGAAGUGGAGAUACUCAAGAGAACUGCAAGAAACUAUGUUUUCAUAAAGUUCAUCCAGUGGCAGGGUAGGAGGUACUGUUAUUUUUCACUAAUAUCCAGCCAUAGCCCAGUGGAUGAGGGAUGGGGAACCUGUGCCCUCCCAGAGGAUGUUAUUUUCUUAUUUUUAUUUAUAAUAUACUGAAUUCACAUCCUGCCCUUCCUCUCCAGGCGGGUGUGAGGUUGUUGUUUUUUUAACAUAGCAAAUAUAAAACAAAUUGAUGGUACAGAAUACAGGCAAUCCUCAUUUUGUGUGGGGGUUCCAUCCCAGACCCUAUAUGCGUUGUCAGAGUGCACAUACGUCUGCUCCGCCCCUUUUUGUGGCGUUUUGGAGCUACUUCUCGGUUUGGCGCCACGCACGUUAUUUGGACACACCUAAACCAGGAGUUGCCUGUAUUCCUACUACUCAACACGUUUUCACAUGCAAUGUAUAUUUUCAUAUGCAAUAUCAUAAUGUACACUUUAAACUGCUGUUAUAUUCAUUUUGCAUCUUUAUACACUUGCUUUUUUUAAAAAAACAGAUUUAAUGUGUAUGUCAUGUUCUUUGUAAACUGCCUAGAGGUUUCACUUACAGUUAUACAAAUUUUGUUAAAUAACACAAGUUGCAGGAAAAAAUAUUUAUACAUAGCAACUUGCAAAUUUUAUUUCUGGUGUUUAUCAUUAAUUCAUAUGUGUAGUGUUUGUGUAUCACUGUGAAACUAUUUUCUUGCCUUCCAAAACGACCCCUGUAUUUAGAUUUCUUUCGCUCUCUCUUUUUGAAGGUUUCCAAAUGUUCUGAAGAAAUUAAAAAUUACAUUGAAGAAAGAUCUGGAGAAGACCCUCUGGUUAAAGGCAUUCCUGAAGACAGGAACCCUUUCAAAGAAAAAGGAGGAUGUGUUAUUGCUUAG